GUACCUAGCAGUUACCUUAUAUCCUUAUUGCAUAUGAAUACAUCUCCAUAUUCUAAUAUUGACGCACCUUGGUAGAGAAUGGUAAUCCCAUAAUUUUACGAACUUGGCCAAAACGGUUAAACCUGUAAAGAUUUCGGCUUCAGUUUUUACCAGCGUGUAUUAGAAAAAAUGCCGGCACGUCAACGGCCAAUUCAGAAAUUCGCUACUGCGGUUUCACGGUGCUCUACCGAGGCAACGGUAUACGGGAAAUGCAUCGUGGGAGACUAUAACGCGGUCCACAAAGAUAAAUGCGUCAAUGAGUUUCUUAAGUUGAAAGACUGUGUCUUGAAAGCGUCAAAACAGGCUAGGUGAUGAUUGCAAUAAUAUCGAGGUUUUCGUCUAGGAAUUAUGUAUUUCUCGUGUUUCUCGUGUUUCUCAACUUGGGAGAUUAAGGUAGAGACGAAGAAGAGACGAAGAAAAGACAAAGUAGAGACGAAAAAGACGAAGAUAGGUCCCAACGUUAAUGACGUGUAUUGCGCUUCAAAGCCCCGCCAUCUAAUAUGAAAGUAAGAGUAACCAAGUUAUUUAUAACUAAAGGUUAUUCGAUUAAUAAAGAUAAGAUAUCCACACCGAGGUACUUCGUAC